AUGGUACUCGGACAACAGGCUCGUUUCUGGCUCCUAAACUGUUGCGUGUCUCCGCAGUCAGAAAUCGCUCGUGUUCGAAUCGACCGAUCUAUGAUAGGACAGCCAACAAAUUUUAGGCACAUUGGUCAUAUGGGAACAAAUGAUUUGAGUUCGGCAUUUAGUAUAGAUGAGGCUAGCUCUUUGUUGCGUUCAAAAGGCGGUGAUGUUCAAUCGUCGCCUACCCCUGAUCAAGUUCCUGCCAAUGAUAUUCCUGUUAAAGGUAGUAAUGUGUCUUGGGUAGAAAUAACUGAGGCCAGCAUUCUUGAGGUAAAAAUAUUCAGCGGUCUCGGUAAAUUGGCUGACGUUGCCUGCUUGUAUCUUAAGCUAUCGGAAGUUUCACAGUUUCUAGACGCAUACUGGGAUAGUCCGGUGGAUGUAAAGCUUCUUAAUUACUUUCUAGACAUCCGGGAAUAUCAGUUGCAGAUCUUAACAUGGUGA